CUUAAGUCUUAAUACUUCUUCACUCUGAUAGAAGAAGACAUGGGUGGUUUCACUUUUGCUCAGAGUCUCAUCCUGAUUGUUGCUGCUUCCAUCUUGGCAGCUUGUACGGCCAACACAGAGUCCCCUCGCCCAAAAUAUACACAUUCUCCCAACAAGAUCAUUGUUGGCGGAUCGGAGGGCUGGCACUUCAACUUUAGCUACACUGAUUGGGCACUGAAAAAUGGUCCCUUUUACCUAAAUGAUACUUUAGUUUUCAAAUACGAUCCACCAACCGAGAAUACCACAAUUCCUCACAGCGUCUACUUGCUACCAAACCUUCGGAGCUUCUUGACGUGCAAUUUAACAGGAGCGCAGAUGUUGGCUGACGUGACACAAGGAGGUGGGCAGGGCUUUGAGUUCGUUCUAAAAAACUGGAAGCCGCACUACUUUGCUUGCGGGCAGCACGAUGGCAUCCAUUGCAGCCUUGGAAAAAUGAAGUUUUUUGUGAUGCCAAUGCCCCGUUGGUUUAGAUAG